AGUUUUUUUUUUUUUUUUUUUUUAAAUGAAACUUUUCUUGUUUUCAUCAGAUACAAGAUACAGCAAUACAAGCUGACAAUGGCCUGGCAACAAGGAGGUCUCAAGUCAGUGAACUGCCGUGUUUUACAUCUGGUCUCAUUUCCUGCUUGACGCAGAUUGAGAGAGAUGAGAUUGCGGUGCGGAGUCGCUCGCUUCAGGAAGGAAGCGUUAUCAGGCGGAUAUUGAGCGAGGAUGUGCUGCGGAGUCAUUUGGAAGCAACAAACCCAAGGAAGCAACUUCGGCACUCCUCCUCCUCAUGGGUUACCGUGGCGACAGGCCCUACUAAUCCACUGACACACUUACUAGAUCUCUAUCUAGCUCUGGAUUCAAUUAGCUGGGUCUGUUUGGGAAGAGAUAAACGGCCUUUAUUAAGCCUUUGAUAUCGUAAUGAGAGGGGAUAGGAGGCAUAUGUUUGAUUCUGUUUAGGAGUCAAGAUAAGAGAUAAGCGAGAGAGGGAGCUUAUCAGUGACAUUGGAGGAAAGGAGAUUAGUCUCAAAGCAUUAGUGGCAAUGUAACAUGAUACAGUGGUUAAUGAUGUGUAACAAACAUGCUUACCCUUGCCUCUGCUUUGUUCAAUAUGCAAGGAAGGGAAAAGAAAACGGGAUGAAUAUUGUUAAACCAUAAUUUGUUCGACAGGGUUGCCCCUGCAAAGAUGAAAUUUUUCCAGCUUGUUCUCAGCGCAUAAUUCCUUUUGACAAUUACACAGACACGGCAUUCAUCUUUUAUGGCAUGCUAAUUGUGUUUACCAGCGGUCACGGCGGCUUGUUUGCUGGCUCCCGUCAGUCAUGCGUAGAUACGAGCGCUGCUUUUCCAGGGUAGCCUCUGUCCUCCUGUCACAGAGCUACCCGUGGGUUCGGGAGUGUGCUCUUGCACCCAGAAACAACUGUUAUCAAACUACAUUAUCAAAUGCAAGUACUGGAUUUACACAGACUGGGCCAAUCAUUACCUGGCCAAGUCCGGCUGUCAGCGCCUCAUCAAGGACCUGAGCCAGGACGUCACCGAUGGAGUCCUGCUGGCACAGAUCAUCCAGAUCAUAGCGAAUGAGAAGGUGGAGGACAUCAAUGGCAGCCCCAGAAGCCAGUCGCAAAUGAUCGAGAAUGUGGACGCCUGCCUCAGUUUCCUGGACGCCAGAGGAGUGAAUGUACAAGGGCUCUCAGCAGAAGAGAUCAGGAAUGGCAACCUAAAGAGCAUCCUGGGUCUCUUCUUCAUCCUGUCACGUUACAAGCAGCAGCAGCAGCAACAGCAGCAGUACUACCAAUCCCUGGUGGAGCUCAGCCAGCAGACCAGCAGCCCCGUACCGUCCUCCAGCAGCCUCAAGACACAAGAGAUGCAGUCCAGUCUCACAGCACGAUAUGCAAGUCCUCCAGGCCACAGUGGAAUAGGGUCACCACAGAAGAAAAACACAAGGUUACCAGGCCCCUCCAGAGUACCUGCUGCAGGCAGCGGGGCAUCCAGGAGCCCGGGCUCAUCCAACCUCAACCGGCGCAGCCAGAGCUUCAACAGCAUCGACAAGAGCAAGCCUCUUCAGUAUGCCAGUGGCAACGACAGAGAAGCGGUGAGGGGUAUCCCGGCACCCGGCGGGAUGAAUGGGAGCAGUAUUGGUGGGACGGUUCCCACCAGCCUCAGCGGGCAGCAGCUGGCCUCUGCCAUCCCCUCACCCACCGCAGGCAAGUCCUGGCGCAGCAAGUCCAUGAACCUCAAGCACAGUGCCACUUCGUCCAUGCUGGCAAGCCCCACGAACUCACCGUCCCCCACCCAUUCACCCCAGGGCUCUGAAGGCCUCCUGCCGCAUGGAAGCGAUGGGUCUAAAGUCGGGUCCACUGGCGGUGGUGGAUCCCAGAGGUCCAUGCUGGAGAAGUUCCGCCUCAUUAACCCUAGAUCUGCUUCACGAGCGUCACCGUCUGUGGCCGAGAUGGCUCUGCAGGAGGAGGAUGACCUGUCGGAGUACGGUGAGGAUGGAUUGACGCCGAUGGGGCCGAUGUGCAGCAGUGGCAGUAGCAGUGCUUCGGCCAAGCAAAUGCCCACCAAGGCACCUGCAUCGUCCCUCACUGCACCAAGCAAGACAUCCUCCUCUUCCUCCCCCUCCUCUUCAUUUUCAAAAGCGUCUGCCAAUGGCAGCAGGUCCAUGGCCCAGUCCAAAGACAAGGAGGACAAAAGCAAGUUUGGGAAAUCUUCUAAGGACAGCUCUCCAGCCAAAGAGGAGCGCGAGUCAUAUACUGACUCCACCAAGAAGACCUCCAAAAUUGCCAGCCUCAUCCCCAAGGGAGGGAAGCCAUCAUCUGGAAAGAAAGAUGGCGGCGCCUCCUCAGCUUCCACUGGCAUCCCAAAGCCAGGACUUAAAGCUCCCUCUACCACGACGUCCAAGCCUCAGACUCAGUCGCAGAGUCAAAGCCAGGCGGCCUUAAACAGCAGCGGCAACAUGCGGGGUGGAGAGGGGGAGAGGGCCAAGCUGACGAAAGGAGGGCAGGGUGGGAGUUUCUACAUACAGCGCUCCAUUGGGGGCCCAGAGGGCAAAAGGACCAGCAUGACCUCCUCCACCAGCACCUCAGCCCUGUCUGGGUCCAGUGGGAUGCUGGGAGGAGGAGGGGUUGGAGGAGUAGGGGGAGGAGGAGGAGCGCUUGGAGGGAACGGAGUCGUUCAGCUUCCUCAGCAGCAGCAGCACAACCACCCAAAUACUGCCACUGUGGCCCCCUUCAUGUACAGGACAUUCUCAGAAAAUGACUGCACCAUGGUGGCCCCAGCCGACCCCUGCCUCAGCCCCACCAAGGGAGAGCUGGUCUACAGCAAGACAGCCAAACAGUGCCUGGAGGAGAUAUCAGGAGAGGAUCCCGAGACGAGACGCAUGAGGACGGUGAAGAACAUCGCUGACUUGCGGCAGAACCUGGAAGAAACCAUGUCCAGUCUACGGGGUACCCAGAUCAGCCACAGUACACUAGAAACAACCUUCGACACCACGGUAACCACUGAGGUCAAUGGGCGUAGUCUACCAGCCCUCACCACACGCUCCUCCCCCAUGGCCUGGCGUCUGGGCCAAUCACAAACCCCACGUCUCCAGGCAGGCGACGCCCCCUCAAUGCCUAGCAGCUACGCUGCGCCCAGGGCGAGCACGACGAGCGCUGGCACUACCACAGGCCGCUACAGUGGGCACUCGGACCCCUCCAGAUACCUUACAGACGGCGGCCUCCAUCUGUAUGCGCGGAACGCAGGCCGAGCCUCAGACGUGGCUUCUUCUCGAGAAAUAUCCCAGAGAGGGAGCAAAGAGGUGCAAGGCGACAUAGACAGUUGGGACGACAGUAGCUCGGUAAGCAGCGGCUUGAGCGACACGUUGGACAACAUCAGUACGGAUGAUCUGAACACCCCCGCCUACUCAGCUGUCAGCUCAUCACGCAAAAGCAAGGGAGUGCAGUCCCAGCGAGGAGGCAGGUCCAAGCAUGCAGAGCAGGAGGUGAGCAGCAGCUGGGCCGGAGCCGAGGACCUGAAGAAGGUGGAGGAGGAGCUGGACGCAAGCAUGGACCCCGGCAGCGGCUCCUCCCGCUGGAAGCCUUCCGCAUCCUCCUCUUCAUCUCAAGCCCAGGGCCAGUACGAGGACGCCGGCCAGAAAGCCGCUGCGCUGGCCCAGAUGUCCCAGACGGGCUCAUGGAGGAGGGGCAUGACGGCCCAGGUGGGCAUUACUCCACCCAGGAGCAAGGGUACCUCUGCUGCCCUCAAAACACCAGGCAAAACCGAUGAUGCUAAGGCCUCUGAGAAGGGCAAGGCGCCUUCCAAGAGUUCAGCUGGCAUCCAGCGCUCACCUUCAGAUGCUGGGAAGAGUAGUGGAGAUGAAGGUAAGAAACCUCCCUCUGGCAUUGCACGCCCACCAACCACUGGUUCUUUUGGAUACAAGAAAAUCCCUGGUCCCACUGGUACCCUAAUCACCUCCAGUGGUGCAACGCUCGCCAGCGGCUCAGCCACCCUGGGCAAGGCUCCCAAAUCUUCAGCUGCCCUCGGCAAAGGCACAGGCAUCGGUGGUGUGCGUAAGACCAGCCUUGAUGGCUCACAGCCCCAGGAUGACGGCGUUCUACUCAACUGCAGUGGCUCCAAAUUGACCCUGCAGUACCGCUCUCUACCCAGACCUGCCAAAUCCUCCAGUGGGGGCGCAGCAGGGCGCAGCGGGCAUCGCUCCAGUUCCAGCAGCAUCGACUCAAACGUUAGUGGCAAGUCAGCUGGAGGGGCAGCGACACAAGCGGGUGCCAAACGCAGGGACGGAAAAGUGGGCUCAGACCGCUCCAGUCCCAUCUCCAUUAACCAGACAGACAAGGAGAAAGUGGCGGUGUCAGACCAGGACACAACAGCAGGUCUGUCCACCUCCCCCAAGUCCAGCCCUACCUCCAGUUCAACAGGCCAAUCAGGCCUCAGGCAGCCUGGCUCCAAGUACCCCGACAUUGCUUCUCCUACGUUCCGCAGAUUGUUUGGCACCAAAGCCAGCAGCAAGGCCAGCUCUCCGGGCACGCCCGACUCUGGCAAGUGCCCCUCAAUAUUGGGCAGCCCCCACGGCACGCUGGCAAGGCAGGCCAGUCUGGACUCGCCCUCCUCUGGCACGGGGAGCCUGGGCAGCGCUGGCGGCCUGAGUGGUGGCAGCAGCCCACUGUAUGGUAAAACCCCAGACCUGUGCACUGACUCCCCAGCUUCCAGCCCGGCCUCUGGCCUCUCCCUGCCCUCCAACGCUCGGCCCUGGCCUGCCUGUAGCUCGUCAGCUGGCAGCAAGGACACACUGAGCUGCCAAAGCAUGACCAGUCUGCACACCAGCUCUGAGUCCAUUGAUCUGCCGAUGGGCCACCACGGGCCCAAGGUUACACGAACCGGCAGUGUCAAGUCCACCCUGUCUGAAGGCAUGCCUCUUGACAGAAACACGCUUCCCAAAAAGGGAUUAAGGUACCCUCCGUCCUCCCGACAGACGUCCCAUGAGGAAGGGAAGGAGUGGUUGAGAUCCCAUUCAACAGGGGGCCUUCAGGACACAGGGAGCCAGUCCCCACUGUCUCCACCUGGAGCUUCCUGCACGACUACUGGAAAAUACCACUACUCCAACCUGCUGAGCCCCACUAACAUCAGUCAGUAUAACCUGCCACCAGGCAGCAGCAGCAUGAGUCGCUCCAACAGCAUCCCUGCCCAGGACUCCUUUGACCUAUACGGAGAGGGUCACCCACUGGGUGGCAGCGCAACCUCCCUGGAGGAUCGACCACGGGCCAUCAGCCGCUCCGGCUCCUUCAGGGACAGCACUGAUGAAGUCCAUGGCUCUUCAUUGUCUCUGGUCUCCAGCACGUCUUCACUGUACUCUGCGACGGAGGAGAAAGCACACUCAGAGGGCCAAACAGUCCUAAAUUCCACGCAAAUCAGAAAGCUGCGUCGGGAGCUGGACGCCUCUCAGGAGAAGGUGGCAACCCUGACGUCUCAGCUGGCUGCCAACGCACACCUGGUGGCAGCCUUUGAGAAGAGCCUGAGUAACAUGACCUGCCGCCUGCAGAGCCUCACCAUGACUGCUGAACAAAAGGAGUCUGAGUUGGCUGAGUUGAGGGAGACCAUAGACAUGCUGAAGACCCAGAACACAGACGCCCAGACUGCCAUCCAGGUGGCGCUCAACGGCCCUGACCACCUAAACAAAGACCUGCGAAUUAGACGGCAGCACUCGUCAGAAAGUAUGUCCAGUAUCAACAGCGCAGCCAGUCACUCCAGCAUGGGCAGUCUGGGCAAGGACGCCGAGGACAAAAAGAAGAAGAAGAAGAGCUGGGUGGCUGAUUCCAUCCCUGCUCAGUUGCGCAGCUCCUUCAAGCAGGCGUUCAGCAAGAAGAAAACCAAAUCCCAGUCAGCCCAUGACGAGAUGGAGGAGAUGAGCGACUCGAUGCCGUCCUCGCCCAAACUGCAGCAUGACAACAGGCAGGGCAGCAUUGCCACGCUGCAUUCUUCACCCUCCACCACAGAGCUGUGCGAAUGCACCGAAGCUGAGGCGGAGAUCGUCCUCCAGCUGAAGAACGAGCUGAGGGAGAAGGAGCUCAAGUUGACAGACAUCCGCCUGGAGGCGCUUAGCUCGGCCCACCACCUGGACCAGAUCCGAGAGGCCAUGAACCGCAUGCAGAAUGAGAUUGAGACGCUGAAAGCAGAGAACGAUCGUCUGAAGUCCAGCGGGAACGCCACGCCGACAGCCACGCCCGUCAAGACCGCCAGGCCGCCCUCCGAGACCUCCAGCACAUCCUCCUCCUCCUCGCGUCAGUCCUUGGGGCUGUCACUCAAUAACCUCAACAUCACCGACACCAUCAUGUCAGAUAUUCCGCUAGAUGACAGCUACGAGGGCAAUCUACGCAAAGACGGCCGGAGUGUGCGAAUAGUGGUUACCAUCAGCAGUGGGCCAAAAACCACCAAGGGUAAACAAAGCCAGGAUUACCUGAUUGGGUCUAUAGGUGUGAGUGGGAGGACCAAGUGGGAUGUCCUGGAUGGAGUCAUUCGACGCCUCUUCAAGGAGUAUGUGUUUCGGGUGGACCCUCUAACCAGCUUGGGUCUCAACUCAGACAGCAUUGUCUGCUACAGGAUGGGCGAAGUGGUUCGCUCCCACGCCUCCGAAGUGCCUGAGCUGCUGCCCUGCGGCUACCUGGUGGGCGACAACAACGUCAUCAAGGUCAACCUCAAAGGUGUGAAGGAGAACAGUAUAGACAGCCUGGUGUUUGACGCGCUGAUUCCAAAGCCCAUCAUCCAGCGGUACCUCAACUUGUUGAUGGAGCAUCGUCGCAUCAUCCUCUCAGGACCCAGCGGCACCGGCAAAUCCUUCCUGGCCGCCAAGCUGGCCAAGUACAUCAUUUGCCAGAUGGGGCAGGAGGUGACCGAGCACAACCUGGCCAGCUUCAACGUGGACCAGAACUCCAGCAAGGAUCUGCGUCAGUAUCUGUCCAACCUGGCAGAACAGUGUAACUCUGAGGACACGGACACGGAGCUCCCCACUGUGGUCAUCUUGGACAACCUGCACCACAUUGGCUCGCUCAGUGACAUAUUCAACGGCUUCCUCAACUGCAAGUACCACAAAUGCCCUUAUGUUAUUGGGACCAUGAACCAGGGAGUUUCCUCCUCUCCUAACCUCGAGCUACACCACAACUUUAGGUGGGUGCUGUGCACAAACCACACGGAGCCGGUCAAAGGUUUCCUGGGCCGUUUCCUGCGGCGGAAGCUGAUUGAGACGGAGAUCCAUAAGAACAUGCGCAGCAAUGACCUGAUUAAGAUCAUCGACUGGAUCCCCAAGACCUGGCAGCACCUCAACGGCUUCCUGGAGGCACACAGCUCCUCUGAUGUCACCAUAGGCCCCCGUCUCUUCUUGUCCUGUCCCAUGGAUGUGGAAGGCUCUCGUGUGUGGUUCACUGACCUGUGGAACUACUCCCUGGUGCCCUACCUGCUGGAGGCUGUCAGAGAAGGGCUUCAGCUGUACGGCAAAAGGGCGGCGUGGGAGGAUCCUUCCAAGUGGGUGAACGACACGUAUCCAUGGAACGCUGCCUCACUGCAGCAGGACGGCCAGUCACUGCUCCAACUGAGGCCGGAGGACGUGGGGUACGAAGGCUACAGCUCAUCCAAGGAGGGGGCCUCGUCCAAGCAGGUGUCUCAGAGUGACACUGAGGGAGACCCGCUGAUGAACAUGCUGCUACGACUGCAGGAGGCAGCUAACUACUCCAGCACGCAGAGCUGCGACAGCGACAGCACCAGUCACCAUGACGACCAGCUGGACUCCUCGCUGGAGUCGGCGUUAUGAGACCAAGAGCUGCGCUGGGAGACCCAGAACCCCUCGGUCGCUACCAGACACCCCUAUAGUGCAGAGAUGUAUGAUAUAUGAAAAGUUUUAUUAUCCAAAAUGGUAUACCAACCGUUUCAAAGAAAACACAUAUUUUUACAUAACAGUGGUGCAAUAUAAAAUCAAAUUAUUGAAUGUUCUAAACAGCAGUAGCCAACUUGGUCCUCAGUGGUCAAAAUGAUAAACAUAAAAUCAUACAAGUUGGAUUAUUUUAAACACAUUAAACAGUAAUGUCAGCUAGUCAUUUUUUAAUGGAUGUAUGUAUAACAUUUUAGAAUACAACUUUUCAUAUAGGCUAUGUGUAGGCGGGACACGUCUGUAGUUCCUCUGAAGGUGAUUUACAAUAAGUAAGUCACCUUUGUGCUUACCCACGAUGAGCCACAGAUUGCACCGUUAUUUUAACUUUGGGUGUCAAUCUGCAUGUGAGGGGGGGAAAAAAGAGAAAGCCGAGAGUUUGACGUGACAAAACUGGAUUUAUCUUUUCCUUAUUUUUUUUUAAAUCCCACAUAUAUCUUCAGAUGUUUACAAUGGGUUGGGGGUGGGUUCUGUUGUUUAUGUCUUUCCUUGUUUACAGAGGUGCUUCUCACACAGACACAGACACAAAUGCACUUACUUACACACAGGCAGCAGGAGGACACUGUCCUUUAAUCAGAGGGCUUUAAUUGGUUCAAGCCCCCAUGUGACCAACAAUCCAGCCUGCCAAAGUGCCCUUGAGCAAGGCACUAUUUAUACCAACCUGGGACCUUGCUCCCUGACCCCACCUACUGAGGGAUGCAAGUAAAAGGAGAAUAAUAAGUGUUUUCAUGUGAUACAAUGCCCUCUGGUGGCCACAGUGGAGACUCACAGCUCUUAGAAAACUGGAUGUAAACAGUAUAGUAAGGCUAAGGCACACUUUUUUUGUCUCAUUGUUUACCACCAUAUCAUCUUAUUUGGGGGUCUUUGCCUUUUCUGAAUAUAAAGACAAUUAUAUACCUCCAUGAUGGCACCAGAUGUGGUUGAUUUGAGACAUUUUCAAAGCCUCUACAGCCCAGCUAGGGGCACAAGAAUGACAUUUUCAUAGCAUUCACACACACACACACACACACACAAACACACACUCACACAAACACACACAAACACACACUUCCUGCUCAGGCGUCACUUGAGCCUCAUGGUGCUGGUCUCCUGCCCUGAGCCUCCUCAGUGUCAGGCACUGCCAAGUCGCUCUCUGCUGCCCUGCAUGCCAACAAGCACAACGGCAUUGUCUGUGUGUCAUCCAGCCACAUUGCAACUGUGAAGAAAACGAUGGAGUGCCAAUGUUUCCCUUUGAUUUACUGCCAAAUGUGCACACACACACAACCAUACACACACAGAGACUACAUCACAACGCACAGCUGACCAUGCUUGUAAACUUUGAUUAAGUUGCUUUUGGCCUUCCACACACCACAGUCCAUUUUUUUUAUUAUCUUAGAAUGCACAAUGAGAACAGCAGGCAGCGCCUUCUGUUGGCCAACACAGACCUGCACCAGUUGACUGUUCGCUAAACCCUUGACCUCUGUCAAGCUUGGAUUUCUCCACAUGUUAAAGUAGUGUGCAGGAUGGUGAAGUGGUUUGAGAGAUGCUCCUUAUUUUAAGAAUUUGGAAGGUGGGGUCUUCGUUAGCAUUUCCAAACAGCCACAAGAGCCAAAGUUGAAGGAAUAGGUUAAAUGGCGUCUGACGUUAGCUGCAAGUGUUAGCAUGAUCGAGUAACUAGCUCUUUUUUUUAAACGCUCUUUUUUGUAUUUGGGGAUGUUUACACUCCAGCAACCCCAGUCAAUAUUAGCCUGAGAUAGCAUUAGCCAAACACAGUGCUCACCCUAUAAGCCUUUUCUCUUGUAAUGUUAAAAAGUGAAAAUAUGAACAAGUAUGUAAGAUAAGCAGUCUAACAGAGUUGUGUUAAAUCAGUCAGUCAGUCUGAUCUUACUUUCUUCUCUUAUAGCCUACUUAUAACGCUAGGACUCACUAGCUCUUCUGCAUUACAACAGUGGUUUAUCAACUGCUGAGGGUGCUGACUGUUUACAUGGACAUGCAGCUUUAAUCUCCGUAUUUCAGUAGGAUAUCAUGUCCACCAAGUGUAGCCUAUAUUUAAGACCCAUUUACAAGAUUAUCAUUUUAAAAUGAAUCAGCAGGAAAAAUGAAUUAGUUAGUUGAAUUAGCCAGCUAGCUCCAGCUGAUAAAGUCUGUCGACAGCUAUCACAUCAGCUGACAAAACUGAUGCCUAUUAGCUGAAAAAGGGAAGCCGGCUUUUGUUAACCUCUAUCUGAGAUCAAGGACCUAUUGAUUAAAAAAAUUACUGAUAAUUUGGAGUGGCAAACGUGCUAUUGAUGUCAUUGUAAACUGCAUAUGUGCGAGAAUUGAAAGCUUGAGCGGUGUAGCAACAGUUACGUAGGGGGCAGAGCUUAGCGAACAGUUAAUUGUCGAUAGCUGAGGUCCUGUGUCACGUGCGUCAACCAGCAUGGAGAAGCGGGUGGGGUUUUCUGCAACAGGGAAAUUCCGUAAGAAACAGGAAAGCAACAGACUGACUUUCAAAAAUGUCAAAGGCCUUUACUCCAACAGAUGAGAGCUAUGACGCUAUUUGAUCAAUCAACAAAAUAUCGGUAAUGUUGAAUUAAACAAUGCAAGCCAGCAGUGUCUUGCUUGCUUCUGGUACUCAUUUGAGAGUCUUGUUCAGCAUCUUACCAAAAAAAAGAGAAAAGAAUCCAAAGUAUUUUCAAAUGCAAGUUAACCAGAUCAGCUGAAUAAGGGAACAACGAUACUGGUGCUUUCUCACUGCCUUAAAUGUGCAAAGGUUUGGGAGGCAUCCACUGCUCCCACUGGCCAUAGUGAGAAGAGGAGAUGUUGACAUCGGACGAUGAUGAUCUGCUUCUUGCUAUGUCAAAGAAGCUGCUUGUACUCUUUUGUUUUUUGUCACUUCCUCCAAACCGCCCUGUCUUGUUUCUGACAGUUAAAGUAUAAAAGAGUUGAUGCUGUAUUUGAAAACUUUGAAACUGACCAAUAUUGUAAAAACAUUUAAAAAGGGGUGGGGUAUUUUUCAGUUGUUGUUUUUUGCCCAGUUGAGCUGGGCUCACUUGAACUGACAGGAGCACAACCAAACUGUUUUGGGUUUUCUAGCCUGACGAGCAUGUUUUCAAGCUUUUUAAAGGGGGAUGCAUUGAGAAGAGACCUUUAACGUUAUGUAUGCGUGUAUUGGAUGGAAGCCAUUUUGAAUUUUGAUUGUCCUCUCUUUGUUUAACGAGUGGGUUGGUUUUGCACACUUUGAGGUCGGGGUGGGUUGUAAAUACUUAAGUCUUGCACAGUGAAUCAAAGAUGCAUUCUGCCCUGUUGAUGUAACAAUAUGCUUAAUCCGCUGAGUAAAUUAUUGUACUUUGAAAACAAAGAGAAAAAAAAGAAAUGCAAAAACUCAACACGCUGUCAGAAAGAGGUGUGUGUCUUGUGGUGAUGUUUAGCCUAUGCAGGUGGCAAAAGGUGUACAGUAAGAAACCGUUUUUUUAACUCACUGAAAAUCAGACUGAGAACACAAAAAAGGCACUUUUCCAGUAUUCCCCCAUUCUGUCACUAUAUACUCUGGAUCCUCUCCGUCUUUAGGAAUGCCUGCUGUUUCUUGGAAGCACUUCCUCUCUGGACAUUUUAACCCAAGCUUACCGCCACGUUACGCUCGCCAGCUGUCCGAGGCACUGAAGCUGACCUGACACCGUACUGUAAACAUUUACCAACAACCAACAGGUGCUAAUGGUCAGUCAAAGCCCAUCAUAGACCAAGAAGUCAUGUUGUCACAACCUCAGGACAAUCCUAUCCCCUACAAUCCUACCUGUGUUCAGCUUCACACGUGUCUCUGCAGCCAAGCCUUCGAUGGUUUGAAUCUGGCACACUUGGCCAGCCUUGUGUCCGCAAGUGUGUGUAGUUGUAUGGGAAGGGGGUAGUUCGUACCUAGACUUACACCCACGUGUCAAACCUUAGCUUAGAUCUCCCACAGUUCACCCUCUCAGCUACUCUACACUCCUAUACACCAUAGUGUUGAUGAUCAACUGGUAAUUUUUCCCACUUAACACUUUGCAGUUAAAUCUCAGUUGAAAACCAUAGCAUUUAUUCUGGUUUGAGAGAAAGUUUAAUUCUUUUUGGGUGAAACAUUUGUCCUUAAAUGUUUUAUAUUUUGUACAUUUGUAUGUAACAUAUCAUGUAAAUAGACAGAGACAGUGAUUUAACUCAUCUGGAGGAUUUUGUAGUCUUUGUAAAGCCCUAAUAAAUGGUAUUUGGUGUCACACGAGCAAACAA